AUGACCCUGCUGGCAGGGGGCUCAGAUGACAAAUCAAUUUCUCGCAAACGAAAGAGAAUGGACGUGGAGGAAAGCAGGAUGGUGCACAAGAGACGCCAUACAUUGGAAUCCAAAUUCCUUGAGCUUCCACAUGAUAUCCACCACAUCAUCAUAAACGAAUUUCUUGAUACCGCCGACAUUCUCUCGCUUGCCCAUACUUCCAAUGCUUUCCGAUAUCUUUGUUAUGACCUGUAUUUGCAGCGUCAAUCCGUCAUUCAAAAGAACGCUAGUCCUGACAUCCACAAACGCCGGAUCACGAUGAGGAUCAACAAAUACACUCCUCGCUUGGCUCUCUUGAUCCUAAUGUCAUCCCUCCGCUCUAACCAUUUUGCUCAAGUCCAUGCCUGUUUGUGGAUUGAUCUGGACCCUCUGUAUCACUUUCAAAAUAUGAUGUUCAACUUCCUAGAAAAUUCGCAGCUCAUUGUCACAGGUCUUUCUUUCUUAUACACCCCCCAGACCCUUCAAACCCUUUCUUCCGAAGUCCCAUCACUCAUGAUGAGACUCUUAGCCUCAGUCGGUGCAUCUUGCACUUUCUUUUAUAUGUGGGAAAACCCACAAUUCAACGCAGUCACAACCACCAUAAAUUCAUUCGGACAUCAUCUGGACUCUAAUCAUAUCAAUGUGGAUGCCAUUCGCCCUGCCAUGGAUGGUAUCGUAUCUAUGGAUUUGCCACUGUCCUUUUUUGAUUCGCCCACAAUCCGGACCCUUGCACCGCACUUACUCCAAGGGUCGUCUAUUACAUCUUUAGUGCUGUCUUGCUCCAAGACUGCUACUCUCCAGGAUAUUCUCAAUGACGUGAAAAUGCCAGCAGUGUCAACAAUGGUCCUUUUGGUUCUCUCAGACGUCACCCAAAUCUCUUUCCCAACCGAAUUCUUCCAUCGGCAUCAAUCCCUACAGCGGCUUACCUUAACAAAUGGAUGCAGUAACCCUGUCAAUCAUAUCGCUCAGGGGUCUAUCCUCGAGCUUCCACCUCUUCGUACGGUUACCAUUUCAUCCAAUUAUUCUGGAUGGCGGAUGAGUGACCAGUCGCUUCUGGCCUCCGUCAGUAUUAAUCCGACGAAUUAUCGAUGCGCCCAUAACGGCGUUUUCUGUGACGAAGUGCGGUUACUCGUGGGAGCGGUCAGCCAGUAUCAAGACACAUCCCCCAAAUUCCCGUAUUGUCUAACAUUCCCUGGCAGAAUCAGAAAUCACGUCAAGCUACACUCACAGAAUUGCACAUGCUUUCCCAAGGCCCAUGAUCAGCUCGCAGUCAAUGUUCAUACUCUGGUCCUCAAAUUCACCCGCAUAAUGGGAACUGAUUCCCCACUAAAGGACUGGGUUGCGUUCAGUUCCUACAUAUCCAAAUGGCUAAAAUGGUUUCCAGACCUGAAAUCUCUUCAAAUAACUUAUAUGGGUCCUUCCAGCCAUACUCCGAACACCGAAUUAUCGUUGGCACAGAGCCUGAAAUACCAAUCUAGUAAAGAUCUUCAGACUUUCCAAUGUGGUACAGAAGAAAACUACACCGCGUGGUAUUUCCAGCAUGACCAUUGGAUUCCGCAGAGUUAG